AUGACCAUAAUCUCGACUCACCUCUCCGUUCACAACUUCAUCCUUUCCUCCACUCUAACAGGCCCCUACUCUCGCUUCUCCCUCCACUCAUCUUCUACCUCAUCUCCUAGUCACCAUUUUCAUCUUCUCCCAACAACAUCCUCUUCACCUCCUAAACCAACUACAACACCUCACCACUGCCCCCAAUCGCCCUCACCGGAGCCACCACGUCCUCCUUCCCUAAUUGUGUCACUCACUGCACCUAACCCCCACUCCUCCAUUGUAGGCCAUUGCGUCGCACCGUCACCAAUCACUCAAUGUAUUCUUCUCAUCUCUUGCGGCUCCCAUUAG